AGCGAGCUAGUGAGCGCGAGAGCAACCUGCCUGAUUGACUGACUGACAGACGGAGGGGGAAGGGGCGUCUCUUGAAGCGACCAACUGGACGGAGAAGGUAAAUUAACAGCCCAAAGUGUGCACCGUCAGCUAAGGGCUGAAGACAAUACAAAGAGGAGGAGAAAGGAGGGAGAGGAAACACAAAGGGGGAGGAAGAGUCGUGUUGAGACAGCGGUGUCGGUGGGGUUCAGCGAGGGACAGACAACGGAGAGAAGCACGCACUCGGAGGCUGAGGGGAGCCCCAACAAGCUGUUUCUGGUAUUUCACCUCGUCCACGGACUCCAGUGGAGGAAAUUCAGCAGCUUUGUUUCCCCUCCCUCCCUGUUCUCCCCCGUCUCUGCACCCUCCUGCCUCUGUGAAUGAUUGAAGCCAUGCCCAUCGUGUCAGCAAGCACAGGGCUGCAUGAGACUCUGGCCCUGCUCACCUCUCAGCUCCACCCUGACGCGAACCAUAAGGAGGACCUGGUAUUCCUCAAAGAUGUGUUCAGUGAGAAAAGCCUGGGUUAUCUCAUGAAGAUCCAUGACAAACUGAGGCAGUAUGAGAAAUAUAGCCCGACCCCUGUUCUACACAGCGCCUCCUGUCUGGCAGAGGAUCUGGCAGAAGAGCUUCAGAAUGGGCCCCUGGAGGACGACGAGAGAGAGCUGCUUCUCCUGCUGAGCACUCCACACCUCAAGGCAGUGCUGUCCGCCCACGACACGGUGGCCCAAAAGAACUUUGACCCUGUGCUGCCGCCACUCCCGGAGGAUCUGGAUGACGAUGUGGAGGAAGAGUCAGUCAAGAUUGUGCGCCUUGUGAAGAACAAGGAGCCUCUGGGAGCGACUAUACGCCGAGAUGAGGUGACAGGAGCUGUAAUCGUGGCCAGAAUCAUGAGGGGAGGAGCAGCUGACCGCAGUGGUCUGGUUCAUGUAGGGGACGAGCUUCGAGAGGUCAAUGGAAACCUGAUAACCCACAAAAGGCCAGAAGAAAUUAGUCAGAUUCUGUCCCAGUCACAGGGCUCAAUCACACUGAAAAUUAUUCCAGCUGUUGCAGAAGAAGAUAGACUGAAGGAGAGCAGGGUAUAUCUUCGAGCUUUGUUCGACUACACGCCCUAUGAGGACAAGGCCACGCCCUGCCAGGAGGCGGGACUUCCUUUUAAGAGGGGCGAUAUUCUUCAGGUGGUUAGCCAGGAGGAUGCCACCUGGUGGCAGGCCAAGAGGGUGGGCGACUGCAACCUGCGUGCUGCUCUCGUCCCCUCUACACAAUUCCAGGAGAGGCGGCUGAGAUACAGGAUGAAAAUGGCUUCUUUCCCCGCUCCUAUUUCUCCAAAAGCCACUACAUAUGAUCGUGCUGAGAGAGAGGACUGUGACAGUGAGGGUGCUCUGAAUGGAAAGGAAGUAGUCUCUCCCAAGAGUAAGGCAGCCCCUGUCUUCUGUGGCCAAGCUUUCUCAUGGGAUUUUUACUCAGCUGGCCUGCGCAGAAGUUUUCGUGGGAGGAAGGAUCACCCGGGUUCACCAGGAGAGCCUCACACUCCAGAUGCCAAUCAUACCGAUUUCCUGAUUUAUGAAGAAGUAACACAUUAUCUGCCCCGGCCUGGAGAGAGGCCUCGUCUUAUAGUUCUAAUAGGUUCCCUUGGCGCUCGGCUCACUGAGCUCAAACAGAAGGUGAUUGCUGAAAAUCCCCGACGGUAUGGUCUAGCUGUGCCUCACACCACUCGAGCCAGAAAGAGUCACGAGAGAGAGGGAGUGGAGUACCACUUCAUCUCCAAAGCUGCCUUUGAGGCCGACAUCCAGAACGGCAAAUUCAUUGAAUAUGGAGAGUACAAAGAGAAUCUCUACGGCACCCGUUUGGAGUCCAUACAGAAAAUUUUGGAUCAACAAAAGGUCUGCCUGGUGGAUGUGCAACCAGAGGCACUGAAGACUCUACGCACAACUGAGUUCAAACCGUAUGUCAUCUUUGUAAGGCUUCGAAUCCUUGAUAGUAAAAGAAAACUGCUCGGCUCGUCCUCCUCACUCAGCUCAGGGAUCACGGAGGAUGAUCUUCAAGAAAUGAAAAUAUCAGCUGAUCGGAUGGACGAGUGCUACGGUCAUUUAGUCGACUAUGUCCUAGUGAAGGAGGACCCGGUCAGUGCCUUAGCUGAGCUCCAGGUGAUACUGGACAGGGUGCAGGUGGAGCCUCAGUGGGUCCCCGUGUCCUGGGUGAGGAGCUAGCCUGCUUAAAUGAGCGUGUCUGGUUUAAGUUGGACCAGUGGACCCCUACGUGUGGAGGACAGAUAAAUCUGCUGAUGUUGGAGUGAUCCAGUCUUUACUGCCAUAUUAACACUAUAUCAGGUUUGUGAUAGUCUGCUGAAUCAAAUCGGUAUCAUACAAGAACAGGUGCAGCGACCCAAAGCUGUUUCUCCAUCAGUCUGAACAUCAAACAAGCCUGUGUGUUGGAUUCUUCAAUGUAUAGUGAGCAACUGUAUUUGUAAGUGUACAUCGGCAGUAUCAAAGCAUGUCGUACAUGCAUGUGGGACCAAGUUCCUAAAGCAAGCCGUAGUCAGAGAUCUGCACUCGGUAAGAUCAGUAAUGUGAGACAACUUCUGUGAUAGCAGCUAUAAUGUCAAGUGCCAUAUGGAGCAUUACAAAAAUAAUUGUAAAAUGAAUAAACCUCAUGCUGGAGACUGUACCUCUGUUUCUGUUACGUGAGAGUCUGAAAGUUCUUGAAUGUAUCUGAUGAACUACUGAGAAAUAAAACUCAAAAGCCAUCCAGU